AGUUAGUUCCAUGGUAAAUAUCGGUCGGAUGUAAUAGACUAAUGACCCCUCUAGGCGGCGCUGCGCAGGCUACCGGCGAAUGGACGAAGCGACCAAUCAGAGCCGCAGCUGGCUGCGCCAAACACAGGGGACCAGGCCGCAUGACAUCCAUGUGAGGCUACUGAGCUGCCUGCUGCUACGGUCUGAAACACACAUACUGGCAUCUCAAAGACACCACCAUGCCCAAGAAAUCGAAAGAAGAGCCGAUGUGGGAAGGGGAAGAGGUCCCAUCCGUGGCAGCCCCAGAGAAAACUGUGAAGAAAGGGAAGAAGGACAAAAAGGGGAAAAAGAGUUUCUUUGAGGACCUCGCUACAGACGACAAAGUGGAAGCAGAGGAGCCGGCUGUGAAGGAGACGCAGGGGAAGCAGAAAAAGAAGAAAGACCGCCGGAAAGGACGAGCCGGUGACGCCGACGAUGACGACGACGACGAGCAGAUCAUGCAGCGGCUGAAGAAGCUGUCGGUGCAGCCGAGUGACGAGGACGAUGAGGAUGAGCCAGCGGUUGUCCCAAGUAAGAAAGGAAAAAGAAAGAAUAAGGGGGGGAACAUCUUUGCUGCCCUCAGCCAGGGUGGGAGCGACGAGGAGGAAGGUGGAGAGGACCUGGAGUCUGAGGACACGCCGUCAGCCAAGGAGGUUGAGGUGCUUUCUAAAGGAAAGAAAAGAGAUAAACUUAAGUCCAAGAAGGUUAAGGAUGUAUCCGAGGAUGAUGAUGAAGAAGAAAAAAAGGAUGAAGAUGAGAAACCUGUGCUGAAAAAUAAGAAGGUAGAAGCUAAGAAGGUAGAAGCUAAGAAGGUGGAAGCUAAGAAGGUAGAAGCUAAGCAGCCUGAAGCUAAGCAGCCUGAAGCUAAACAGCCCAAGCCUGUGGAAAAAGAAGAGGAGAAGCAAAAGAAAGGCAAGAAAGACCCGCCGAAGAAGCACGUUGAGUGGAAGCGUAGUAGUGAUGAGGAGGAGGAGGAGGAGGAGGAUGACGACAACGAUGAUAGUGACGGAGAUGACAUGAUGAAGUGUGCUGAAGACGUUAUAGCCGAGCAGGCGAAGAAGGAUGAAGACGACCCAUUUGCUAAUCUCAGUAAGAAGGAGAAGAAGAAGAAAAAGAAGAUGAUGGAGUAUGAGCGGCAGGUGGCUAGCGUGCGGGCUAAAAGCGCCAUAGAGGGAGACUUCUCAGUGUCACAGGCCGAGAUGUCAUCAAGACAGGCCAUGCUGGAGAACGCCUCGGAUAUCAAGCUGGAGCGGUUCAGCAUAUCUGCUCAUGGAAAAGAGCUGUUUGUCAACGCUGACCUCCUGAUCGUCGCAGGACGAAGAUAUGGCUUGGUUGGACCAAAUGGAAAAGGAAAGACCACAUUGCUGAAACACAUCGCCAACCGAGCGUUGAGCAUCCCCCCCAACAUCGACUGUUUGCUGUGUGAACAAGAGGUGGUGGCGGAUGACACGCCGGCGGUGCAGGCGGUGCUGAAGGCGGACACUCGCCGCCUGAAGCUGCUGGAGGAGGAGCGCAUGCUGCAGGCCCUGCUCGAGAAGGGGGAGGACAGCGUCUCCGAGCGGCUGGACAAGGUCUACGAAGAGCUGCGGGCCAUCGGAGCAGCGGCGGCCGAGCCCAGAGCCCGCAGGAUCCUGGCUGGUCUGUCCUUCACCCCCGAGAUGCAGAACCGGCCGACCAAGAAGUUCUCCGGGGGCUGGAGAAUGAGGGUGUCCCUUGCUAGGGCCUUGUUUAUGGAGCCCACUCUGCUCAUGCUGGAUGAGCCUACCAACCACCUGGAUCUGAACGCCGUCAUCUGGCUCAACAACUACCUGCAAGGCUGGAAGAAGACUCUUCUUAUAGUUUCCCACGACCAGAGUUUCCUGGAUGAAGUGUGUACAGACAUCAUCCACCUUGACUACCAGAAGCUCUUCUACUACCGGGGCAACUACUUGACCUUCAAAAAGAUGUACGUGCAGAAACAGAAAGAGCUCCAGAAGCAGUACGACAAGCAGGAGAAGAAGCUCAAGGAUCUAAAGGCGGGGGGAAAGUCCACCAAGCAGGCCGAGAAGCAGACCAAGGAGGCUUUGACCAGAAAACAGGCCAAGGGCAAAAAGAAGGGAGGCGUUGAGGAAGAGAGCAAGGAGAGCACAGAGCUGCUGAAGAGACCCAAGGAGUACACGGUCAAGUUCACCUUCCCCAACCCCCCCACUCUCUCGCCGCCCAUCCUGGGACUGCACAGCGUUGAUUUUGGCUACGACGGCCAGAAGCCUCUGUUCAAGAACGUAGAAUUUGGAAUUGACAUGGAGUCGAGAAUUUGCAUUGUUGGGCCCAACGGCGUUGGAAAGAGUACCCUGUUGUUGCUCCUCACCGGACGAUUAAAUCCGGGCAAAGGUGAAAUGAGGAAGAAUCAUCGACUGAAAGUGGGCUUCUUCAACCAGCAGUACGCCGACCAGUUGAACAUGGACGAGGCCGCCACAGAGUACCUGAUGAGGAACUUCAACCUCCCCUAUCAGGACAGCAGGAAGUGCCUGGGGCGCUUCGGCCUGGAGAGCCACGCACACACCAUCCAGAUCUCCAAACUCUCAGGUGGUCAGAAGGCCAGAGUCGUGUUUGCAGAGCUCUCGUGUCGCCAGCCUGAUGUUCUCAUUUUGGAUGAACCCACUAACAAUCUGGACAUUGAGUCCAUCGAUGCUUUGUCAGAGGCCAUCAACGAGUACAAAGGAGCCGUGAUCAUCGUGAGCCACGACGCCAGGCUCAUCACAGAGACCCAGUGCCAGCUGUGGGUGGUGGAGGACAGCGCCGUCAACCAGAUCGACGGAGACUUUGAGGACUACAAGCGUGAAGUGUUGGAAUCAUUGGGAGAGACCCUGGUCCACAAGAUCAAGGAGAAAGAGUGACAUUGCUAUACACACAACUGGUCAGGGGGCGGUCGUAUGAAGAGCAGCGCUGUAUUGCCACUCAAUGUACUGAUGGUGCCCCCGUCUUGAAGGGUUUUGCAUGUUUUACCAAGGGACAAUGAAUCUGAAUAAAGCCUAAAUUUAACAUCACAUGACUAGUUAACCAAGAAAAUAUGUUUAACAGCAAGAACGUAAACCAAUGAGAAUUAAAACAUUUUAUUUUAAUUGUUUGGUAAAUCAUGUAAUGACGAAAUUGUGGACAGCUCAAAUGGAAAAAGAAAGGACACUUUAUUUCCACAUCACUCAACAUGUAUAUAGAUUUUUCAUACCCCCUAUUUGAGAUAGGCCUUGUAUAUUUUCUUCACUUUAGCAACUUCUUUCUCGUCAGGCACCAUCUUGUCAUACCAUGUGUACCACGGCUCUCCAGAAGUCAAACAUGCGGGAGUUGGUGUUGAACCCACUGCAUCAUGGGAAUUGGAAAAGUCUUCCGCCAAGAAUUCCACAUGGGGUAUUUGGAAUGGUAGUAAACCUGUGGAAAUUAUCAGGAAAGGGAUGUCUUGACAUUUUCCCAUAUAUUUUCUCUUCCAAUUGCUCAAAUUAAACAAGACUAAUGUAGGAAUAAGCCAAUUAGGUAUUUAGAAUUCACAAGACUGGUUAUACUCGAGUUUCAAAGAGGAACAGAUUUACACCAGCCCCAUCAUUGAAGUAAUGGUAUGCAGCCAGUGAGAAGAGUCGGGCCAUAUUAUCAUACACCAAGCUAGCCAUACUGACAGUUAACCCAUGCAUUCCAAUCAUAAUAAAAAUGCAUUACUUCAACCUACCAUGGUCUCUUGCCAUGUUGACUGCCUGAUUAAGCACCUUCUGUUGUUUCAUACAGACACCUAGGGAGAUAGAAGAAUGUUCAGGAAAUGGGAUUCCUCUUUGAAGUUGAAAGACCCAACAAAAUCAAACAAUAUUAAGAACAGUGGCUUACCGGUUCGAGUGGGAUCAUAUACCUUCCCGGUGUAAGGGUUUAUGAACUGCUGCAACAACUUUACAUUCUGCAAAAAGUAUAUUUGAAAGGCUCAAGUUUGGGGGAUGACGACUCAUACACAUUAGUUCAAUUGAUGUAUCACUUAUUCAUUUCUUAAUAGACCCCAAAUGUAUUUCAAUUUGCUUCUUAAAACAAGAAAGUUACAUAUAUUCACUAUUAUGUUUAAUAAAAGGGACCUUGUCCACUCAAUUAUACUCCACUAUGCAACCCAAUUUACACCAGGGCUUGUGACGUCACAUUGAAAUGAAGAUGCAAAAGUGUUCAGCCAAGGGAACCCUCUGGGGUAUCCUUUUUCCGUCGCAAUGGACAUGUAUAAAUCGAAAGACAAAAUCUAAAAACGAAUACAAUGAAAGUUAGCGUCAAAGACAUUAUCUUGCAACUGACCUGAUGGUGAAUGAUGACAUUGUUGUCGCGACAAAUGGGACAAGGGUUUCCACAUAUUUUGUCUCCCCUCUGACAUAAAAGAAAAAAAACGUUGAUUAAUACUUGACAGAUGAUUAGUCUUCCCUAAUGACCGCAUAUCGAAACUUUCUUUAAAACACUUGCAAUGCAGGUCUUGCGGGUUUUCUGUGGGGGUAUGCCUCCUUUGUGGUUCCUCCUGUAAUCCGCCCACACGUGACCCUUUCCAUAACGCUCAAUGUACUCUGUGGGAAA